AAUUCCUUCUUUAGACACGUGCUACUCCAUACGAGAGUGUUCAAACGAUUGAAAAUUGUUUAAUUAGUGAAAAAACAUAUUAGUUAUAUGAAAAUUGUUUAAGAUUAAUUGGAUAGAUAUUGUUACUUGCAAAGAGUUGCUGUUCCUUGUUGUCCAGUAAUAUCGAAAAGAACGAAAUAAACAAUACUGAAUAAUGUAUGAUUUUGAUCGAUUUAUGUUCUGUAAUAGCAACGACAAUUUAUAGAUUUGUAUCGAUAUAUUAAAUGUGUUUUUCGUACAUAGUUUUCUAUGAAGACAAUAGUGUAUAGGAAAUGAUAGAAAUUCUGUUACAGUGUUUUAUUACAUUUUAGACUAUCAUAUACUAUUUAUGAUUAUUUAUAAUUAAAUUUCAAUGUGUUUCUUUAUCAUUUGUGGUAUUAGGUGACUAUGAUUGUCAUAAUGUAAACAUAAUUUAACAAAAGAAUGACAUGAUUUCACCCUCAUAUUAUCUAAUCUGUAACAUUCUGAGAAAAAUGAGACAGCCAAAAAAGACUUACCAUUCCAAUGAGAAACAUUGUAUAUAUGUAGGACAAACAUCUUCAGAAAUAAAGAAAAAUAACUUCAAUAUUGAAAAUCCAUUAAGAGAAAAAUAUAAAGAUAUUUUGGGUAAAAGGGAACUCAUUAUUUGCUUGCAGAAAACUUCUGAAAAAGCUAAAUGGAAUUGCAGAUCUAAUGAAAGAAAAUCGAUAUGUAAAAUGGAUAUAAAUAAUUUUGCAAAAGAUUCAUUACCAGUUAGACAGUUGAAGAAAUAUGAUCCAUUAUUAUAUAAUGCAAAGGUUCUAUUAAGAAGAUUACCAAAAAGAGUAAUAGAAGAAGCUAUAGCAAUUGAAAGUAAUCAUAGUAAGGAAAAAUUAAAUAAUGACUUGGUAACAUCUAAACCCAAUAAUAAUCUAAGGAAAGGUGUACAUGAUUAUACCUUGUCCAAAAGAAAAAGUUCUGUGUCUGAGUAUAAUCAUAAAUCAAACAGUGUAGAUAUUGUUAAUAAAUAUGAAUUACGAUCAAAUGCUUCAAAAAGAAAAGUGAAAGGCAAUCAAGACAAUUCCAGCAAAAAGCAGAAGUUCAUAAGUGACACGAAUGACAAAUGUAUAGACAAAAGUAUUUCACAAGGUACCACAGACAAAAUAGUGGAAGUAAAAGAAGAUUCAUUUCACAAGAAUGCUCCUGAAAAUAACUUCAACAUUGAUAUAGUGGAACAUGUGGAAACUGAUAUUAAUGAAAAUAAAAUGUCAAAUGUUACAAACAAUAAUUUAUUAAAAGAAAAUAAUAACUGUCAAAUUGAAACAAAAGAUCCUGUUAAGAACGUUGGUUGUGUUGUUGAAAACAAAAGUAACAUGUAUUGUAAUAUAUCAGAAAACUAUGCACAAACUUUACCACCCAAUAGUAUUACUGCAAAGUCAUCAAAAAGUAUUAAUGCAAUAACUAUGAAUAAUAUAAUCAGUGCUCUGGAUAAUAUUAACAACUGUCCAAAGAUGAAUGAGCCAAAAAAGAUCAAGAUUAACAAGAUAAAUAAAAUAGCAUACAAGGGAAAGCAAUAUCAUCAAAAAAAUACAAAAAAAGAGAAGUUAGACAGAAAUAACUUGUCAAAACGAUCCAGUAUUGCAUUGAAAAGCAGUGGCUCAGCUGAGAUUCAUAACAAUGCCAGCAAUGUUGCAGAAACAAAUGCUAAUGGAAUGUUAUCUCAAUUGAUAAUUCCAGCAGUUAACAAAUUAAAAAAUCUUGCUCCAAAUGAAAAUAAUGAAAAUGUUACAAAGAAGAUAUUACAGAAUGAAAAAGAUAUUUCAGUAGAACAGAAAAAAGUUGAAACUUUUGGGAAAGUUAAUAAUCAAGAAUGUGAUUUGCUGCAGAAAACAAGGAACUCAAAAAAAACAACAGAAACAUUCAAGUCACCUAUACAAAAUAAGUAUUCAUGUUUAGACAAAUUAAAUUUGAGUAACUGUACAAGGAGUGAUGAGGAUGAAGACGAUGACUGUAUUUCUUUGUUUGCAGAUCCGACCCUUAUAGACGAAUGCAAUACUUCAUUUACAAAUCUAAAACAGAAUUCAUUGUGUAAUUCUACACACACUGAAAAAAAACGUAUCAUGAGUAAUGUAGCUGAUAAUCAAAAGACAACAAAUAAAAAAAAAUUUCCAAAAAUAUUUUGGAAAGAAACCAGUGAAAAAACCUUAGAGAACAACAAACAAAAUUUAGAGUCAUCACAAAAUGUUAUACAAAAUAAAUCUUUGUUUCCGCAUUUGCCAUCUACAAAAGAACUCAAUCCUUCGGUUAGAUCUCGGAAAAAUGACUCAUCCUGUAAAUCUUCACAUAUUAAAGAAUCGUAUUCCAUGACUAAAAGUGUAAUUGAUAAGUUUUAUGAAAAAACCAUAGACGAAUUUAAUACUUUAUAUGACGACAAUAAUAUGAAAAAUAGUCAAAAUACUUUGAACAAAAAUAAAUGUUCUCCAGUAGCGAAACCGAAAAAACUGACCACAAAAUUAACAACGGAUAGGCAACAUGAUUUAUUUAAAAAUAUUUUUAUAGGCUUCUGUUAUCAAGUCAUUCUAUUUGGCAACUGCUCUAGACAACGGUGCCCCUUUAAUCAUAAUCAUUUUUCACGUGUACUUACCUUAUACGAGAGAGGGGAAUAUUAUUUUUUUCAAAUGAUAAAUGAAUUGAUAUCAAAAGGAUAUCAUACAUUUUUAUUUAAUAUUUACGAAAAGUUGGUAAAUCACUCUAAAGAUGUAAUUUUCAUACUGAAAGUAUGUAAAAACUUAUAUGAACGCAAUAUGUUAAACUGUAUGAUGGGAUCCCGUACUAUUUCAAUGUUGCUGACUAAAGUUCCUAUAACAACAAUUAUAGAUCACUUAACAACAAUUGUAAGCAAUCGUGAUUCUCAAUUCAUAAAUUGGAUUUUGGAAAGAAUAGAAGCACAUAUCAAAUCCGAUACAGAUACUGGUGGAUAUUGGAAUAUAGUAAAACCUCUGCUACUAAAGACAGAAAAUAUAAAUUCAAAAAUUAUAAACAGUAUUUUAUAUGAAUGCAUAACUACAGGAAGACACAUUCAAGAUGUACAUGAAAAUAUUAUAAGUAAACUGGAUAAAGACAUUGAUCCUAAAAUUAAUAAAGACUUUCUAGUACGUUUUAAUAAUAAAUUGAGUGAACUCAAGGAUCCAAAAGAUAUUCGAGAGAUAAAUGAGGUGAAAAACACUGCAAUAAAUCAGUCAGUUAUAAAUAUUCAGUCACCUGAAUCGUCUAAUGAAUUCGAUGAUGCAUCGCUUAUAAACGAUACUUCUACCAUGAUUACUCAAAAAGUAUGGGACAAUAAUAAUAACAGUGUACAAAAUGAAAAAUCCUCUUUCGUGUUACACCCAAUUGACAACUUGCCAAAACCAUAUUCAUUACACGGUAGAAAUAAAAAUUGGAAAUUUUAUAUAGAUGUCUAUAGCCUUCAGGAAGGGCUUAAGCACAAUAAUUAUAAACAUGUUAUGAAAAUUCUUAACAAAAUUAAACAAAAGGAGAAGACAUUUUACACUCGCGCAUGUUAUAGAAUUCUGAAGAAUGAAAUACAUUACUCUCAAUACCGUUUGAGUAAACUCAAUUCAAAUACAGUCCGAAUCGGGGCAACAGCUAUUUGUUACGAAAUAUUAUUUGACGUUACAACACUUAUUUUGGCUGAUUUAGCUGAAAAAGAAUUUUGGGUGUUAGCGCUCAGGCUACUCAAAGAUAUUCAUAUUAUGUUACAAAUGCAUAUUCGUUUAAAUGAGCUUGACGCAACAACAAUUUUACUUUUCGCCGAAAUUUAUCUAGCAAAUAGCCAACCUCUGAAGGUUUUCACCCUGCUUAAGGAAAGUAACAUUAUUUUUACUUGUCGUAAUAAGUGGAAGGUAAGAAGUAAUGAGAAGGACAAUUGCGCAAGAGCACAGAUAAUGGCUCUUCUAUUAAACACAUUUUCCAACACAUCCUCCAAAUAUGCAUUUUUUCUUUUUGAAUUUUUAAUGUCAGAUCAAAGUAGUAAUUAUUUUCCAAUAGAUCUUACCUGUGCCGCGAAUAAAUUAAUAUCGACAUUUUUACGAGAACGUGAUUAUAAGAUGAUUAUACAUAUUGUAAAGUUAAUUUAUGACUAUAAUUUAGUACUCCCUGAAAUAACAUAUCGUGCAGUAAUUGCUACAUUGGUGCACAUUGAUUUAACUCUGGCUAAGCAGUUCUAUCAAACUGCGGUCGAUUUAGGAAUAUAUCCUAAACUAAAGUUUUAUCCACUGACAUAUCUUGUCAUCAAAUCUAAUUGGACGAGUGAAGAAAUGUAUCUCACGAUUUUCAACUUAAUGAAACAACUUUCAUUAAAUAUUGGACAUGCGAUCGAUCAUAUGAAGCCAAAUCAACUUUCAGUAUAUCUUGUUUUUGAGCACACUCCUUUGAAAAAGCAACAUGUUUUUGAUGAAGAAAUACGACAACAAUGUGAUUAUGAUAUUAAUGAAAGUAAACAAAUUAUGAAAAGUGUACUACAAAAAUUUGAUCCACCUAUUUCAAUGAUAAUGACAAAGAAAGGUAAAUUCCAGAAGUUGAGUAGUACGAAACUUUUUAGGCAUUUACAACAACGUGAGUAUUGCGCGUAAUCCAACUCUGCAAUUUCAUUUAUCAGUUUUUAACCAAAUUUUAUUCAACUUAAAUUGACAACAAUGCAGUAAAGAUAAUCGCCUAAUAUCUAAAGUUCGGGAACUCUUAACGUAUCACUUCGCCUUAACGCUUUAUAUAUUUUUCUUUAUGAAACAUUAAUUUUUAUUUUCUUGGUAUGGAAUUUUACCAAAUUUGAUUAUUGACAAAACAUUUUGUAAAUCUUGCAAUAUCGAUUUUAAUUUUUAUAACGAACGUAAUUCUGUAUUUUAUACAUAAUUUGUUAUAAAUUAUAUAAUAUAUUUAGUAUUUUUGAGUUGAAUAUUUUGCAGUGCAAUAAAAUAUACUGCAUAGAUUAGACUAGACAAUCAUGAACAAUACCAUGAAUAUACAUUUUCGAAAUGUAAUUAAAUUACGAGAUGACAAUUAUAAUUGUUUUCAAAUAUGCUCAUCUUUGAAAAUAAAUAAUUCUUGUACCAUCUUCAUCGUAUUGCCAAUAUUUCUAUAGGCUACUACUCAUAUGCAUUACAGGUACAAUAAUCAGAUUAUUUUUAUACAUUUAUAUACUGUAAAAUAGUUUAUUAAAUUUCAUACACUUUAAAUAAAAUGUAUAAAAAACAAUUUGUAUGCCGUAUUAUUUCUAAGAAUGCAGUAUUGUUCAUUGGAAUCAUAUUCAAAAAACAGAUCUAGAUACUUUGCAUAAUGCUUCACAUGGAUGUGCAAUUGCAUUCUACUCUUAUGAAUUCAGUAUCAAACGAAGAAUUCAUUUCACGCAAAAUGAAUUUUUUAAUAAAACUCUAGGUACUCGUACUUUCAAUGUAAAAUAACUUCUUAUGAAAUAUUAUGUAUAGAAACAAUAUACAAAACUCCUUCGAGGUAAGUAAUUUAUGAAAACUGAACAUAUUUCAAAGAUUGUCAU